UUCCCAUGAUACCCUGCGGGGCGCCUAUUCAAACCGCACUGAGAGGAGGGAGGAGGUCGUGAUGGCGGCACCGGAGCCGGAAGUGCUGUCCUCGGCCGCAGUGUCUGAUUUGGAAUGGUAUGAGAAGUCGGAGGAAACCCACGCUCCUCAAAUAGAACUACUUGAGACCACCUCUGCUCCACAGCCUCCCAACCCUUCGGAGCCCUUUUGCCCCAGAGACUGCACGGUGCCAGUGGUGUUUCCCGGGCCUGUGAGCCAGGAAGGCUGCUGUCGGUUUACUUGUGAACUUCUGAAGCAUAUCAUGUACCAACGGCAGCAGCUCCCUCUGCCCUAUGAACAGCUUAAGCAUUUCUACCGGAAACCUUCUCCCCAGGCAGAGGAUGUGGUGAAGAAGAAACCUCGAGCCACUGCUGACAUGUGCAGCAGGAAAUGCCAACAAGCCCUGGCAGAACUGGAGAGUGUCCUCAGCCACCUAGAGGGUCUCUUUGCCCGGACACUAGUACCACGGGUGCUUAUUCUCCUUGGCGGCAGUGCUGUAAGUCCCAAGGAGUUCUAUGAGCUUGACUUGUCCCGCUUAGCCCCCAACAGCAUGGACCAGAGCCUGAGCACGGCAGCUUGUUUGCGUCGUCUCUUCCGAGCUAUUUUCAUGGCUGAUGCCUUCAGUGAGCUGCAGGUUCCUCCGCUCAUGGGCACCAUCGUCAUGGCACAGGGGCAUCGCGACUGUGGAGAAGAUUGGUUUCGACCCAAGCUCAACUACCGAGUGCCCAGCCGGGGCCACAAACUGACUGUGACCCUGUCCUGUGGCAGAGCCUCCAUCCCAGCCACGGCCUGGGAGGAUUACAUUUGGUUCCAGGCACCAGUGACACUUAAAGGCUUCCACGAGUGAAUGGGGGUGCUUCUUAAUCAUGAACACAAUGGCUAAAUUAUCUUCUCUGCUGUGGCACCAAGUCGCUUGUCUCUUGCUUGGAGCUAGAGUUGCUUCCAGGUGAGAGGAAGGUACUAUCCUUCUGGCUGCCCGCCUCCCCUCCUCGGACUUCCUGGAGGGUUGAUGGUAUGGCUGUGGCUGUAAUAAUCAUCAUUGAACAACGUCUCUGAAUCAAAGGUUGAUUUUCCUGGUGGGUGCUGGGUCAGGCGUGUCUGUUUGGGGUUGGAAAGCAAACUUGGGCCCACAGACAGACACUCUUAUGGAGGUGGCCACUUUCUGCUUUUUGCUGCGGCCUUUCAGAAUUUUUAACAGGGACAUGAUAAUGUGAGUGUGACUCAUGAACUUAAAUAUAAAAUGAAUGAAUUCAUAGUAAAUUUUCCUGAAACUCUUGGCUUACAGAGAUUUUUCAGGCUUGAGGCUGGAGUAUUUUGUCUUUCUCCUUGGCCUCUAUGCUUCAAGACUUGCAGGGUUUUUUUACUAGUGGUUCUUUCUCUUCAUCAGCCCAGGCCAGUCUGGGAGGUUCAAUGACUUGGCCAAGGUUCUAUAAUAGUUUGAUAUCAGAGUUGGGGCUAGAGUCCUCAGCAGCUGAGUCCUAGCCCAGCGUUCUUUCCUCACCACAACUGGGUUUUCUGACCCUUAAAGUAUAUGUGCCCAAAGCAGAGGUCACGCAGGGGAAGGGGCUGAGAGACUGGGCUGAGAAGAGAAAACUGAUUGAAUUGUAGGCUAAAGCCCCAGGACUGCCCUGUGGGAUCAGCUCCCUGAGGCCAAGUGUCCCUCCUGGAGUUCUGCCCAGCCUGUCUAUUGCAGUUAUCUGGCGGCUGCUGUCAGUUGCUGUUGGCAAUAUUGUCAUUAGGCAAACCCUGCCCUCCUGCCUGUGGCAGUUCUUCCUCAGCUACACCUCUGACUUGGCCAUCCUGAUCCUUGCUGUUAUCCUCUCCGGUGUGGUGCUGUCCUUACCACUAAGCAUUGAUGUUUUGUCCCUGAGAACACCUGCGUAUUUCUGGAAACAAGUUGAAACAGAAUCCUUA